UAAGUAUUUAACAAAUCCAUUGAACAUGACCGUGACUAAAUACCCGAGUAUUCAGGUCGACGGUUUUGGCUUCAUGCCCGGCGAUUACCGACAAGUCGUGCGAAGGUACACGAUUACAAACAGAAAUAACGCGACAGUCCGUCUGAUAAGCUUGGGAGCCGGUAUACAAUCGGUAAAGGUUCCAAACAAUAACAACGAUUUAGCCGACGUUGUCUUGGGUUUCGACGAUCUAUCAGGAUACCUGCAAAAUCGCUACAUCGGUAGGAUAAUCAACCGAUCGUACGAUCCAUUCGCAAGAAGUUCACCGGCUACCAAUUGUAGCGUAAACAUCGACGAUUCCUCAAACACCGACAUCGUCAACUGGGACUCUUACGUUUCAGACGAUCGCGUGGUGAUGACUCGAGUGAGUAGCAUUGAGAACGGCUACCUCAUGGUCCAGGUGUCGUACGGGCCCUGGAGCAACGAAAACCGGCUGCACGUCGAGAUCCGGGCGACGAGCACGAGACCCGUGGCUGUGGACAUCGUCAGCUACUGUCUUUUUAAUCUUGCUGGACACGGCAUGGGUCCGAGAGAACUGAAGAGCCACGUUGUGACAAUAAACGCCAACAAGCGACUGGAGCUCGAAGGAGACGUCGCAGGCAAGGUAGACGCUGUGAACGAGCUGCGUUCGCCGACUCGUUUGUGCUCCAGAUUGUUGUUCCAGGUGCCCGGGGGUGGUUACAAUCACAAUUUCUGCGUCGUUGAUUACAGCAGUGCGUGGUCGUACAGAUUUCACGCGAGAAUUUUGCAUCCGGCGAGUGGUCGGUUCUUGGAAGUUUACUCGAACCAUCCGUCUGUGCGGUUGUACACGGGGAAUCACUUGCCGGAUCCUGAGAAAAUCAAUGUGACGGAACUUGACAAGGUAAGGUGUAAAAAGAAUACGAUAUCGAAACAUACAAGAGGACUGAUGGGCAAAGACGGUGCAUUGUACACGAGACACGGGUGCUUUGCACUGGUACCACAAGGAUACCCGGAAUCGUUUAGCUGUCAAAACUGUCCCUCCAAUAUACUCUAUCCUGGCAAAAUUUACGUGCACGAUUUAUCGUACGAUUUUGGAGUGGCUAUAUGAUUUUCAGUUGGUUUGGUGAAUUGAACGCCAAACUAGAACUGCGCAAGUUGACAACUUACUACACGUCAUGAGAUCACAGAGAUUAAAAAUAAGCACAGCCAUCAAAAAUACACAUGUACCAGGGAAUGCGAA